GUAACUCUGUAACUCUCGACUUUCACUGUUUGCAAUGUACCAGUUGUUUGUGGUAACAGUAAGGUUAACACAUUGACAGUGACCGGUUCAGACUUAGAUAUGGUGAAUGUUACAUUUAAAAAAAUGCCCGAAGGGCAAAAAAUGCCUGCUAUUGGUUUGGGCACUUGGAUGUCUACAAACGAAGAAGAACUCGUAUCAGCCUUAGAUGCAGCCUUAGAAGCAGGCUACCGUCACAUCGACACCGCUGCAGUCUACUUCAACGAAGCCUUAAUAGGUAAAGUCUUGAACAAAUGGCUGUCAUCGGGAAAAAUAAAAAGAGAAGAACUGUUCGUGACUACUAAACUACCCAUCGCUGGUAUGCACCCAGAUAGAGUCGAGUUAUUCAUCAAACAAUCUUUGGAAGACCUGCAACUGGAUUAUUUGGAUUUGUAUUUGAUACAUUUUCCUGUUGGAACUAACUACGUCGGAUCUGUUGUUACGCCUCCUGAUCAGAUUCAAGUAGAAACUAAUGAUCAUUUGGAGAUAUGGAAGAAAAUGGAAGAACAAGUAGACGCAGGUAGGACAAAGGCCAUUGGUCUAUCAAACUUUAACCAAAGACAAAUCGAACGGAUUCUAGAAAACUGCAGGAUUCCACCAGUCUGCUUGCAAGUUGAAUUACAUGCUUCUUUGCAACAGAAAGAACUGGUUGAGUUUUGCCACAAAAAUAACUUGAUCGUUGUUGCCUAUUCUCCAUUGGGAAACCCUGGGUAUAACAAGUUUUUGGAAUCGGUUGGACAAGAUGGUAAGGAAUUACCAAAUAACCUACAAAAUCCGAUAGUUCAAAACAUCGCUAAAAAACACAACAAAUCUCCCGGACAAAUAUUAUUAAGAUUUUUGAUAGAGAAAAAUAUUGUUCCCAUACCCAAAAGUGUUACGCCAAAAAGGAUAGAAGAAAAUUUGAAUGUAUUCGACUUUAGUCUCGACGAAGAAGAUCUUGAACAACUGGAAGGAUUGGAGAAGGGAGAAGAGGCUCGUAUUUGUGAUUUCAAGUUUUUCCCUCCAUUAAGGGAGUCACCUGAAUUUCCAUUUCCAUUAUAGGAAAUAUUUUUUUUAUUAAAAGAGACAGUAAUUAGUUAUUGCUUUAAUAUUAGAUUUUGAUUUAAGUAGAUAUAAUGCAUACUGUUUAGUUUUUUUAUUAUAUUGAAAUAAAGGUUUAUCAAAUGUUACGAAAAUAAAG